CUGUCUUUGUUUCUUGACCUUGGCAUUGAAUUCCGACAGCCGAACGAGGGAGCUAUGGCUAAGCAUUCAAGUGCGGAAGCCAAAACCAAGAAGAAAGCCACCAAGAAGUCGGGUCCAGAUGCCAUCUCCAUGAAGCUCAAGGCUCCAAAAGCCAACCCUUUCGAGACCAUCUGGUCCCGCCGCAAGUUUGACAUACUCGGCAAGAAACACAAAGGUGAAGAACGCCGCAUCGGCCUUGCUCGAUCCCUAGCCAUCCAAAAGAGGAAGAAAACGCUGUUGAAAGAGUACGAGCAAAGCACAAAGUCUUCUGUUUUUGUGGACAAGAGAAUUGGGGAGCAAGAUGAUGACUUGGGAGAGUUUGAAAAGGGCAUUUUGCGGUCUCAACGUGAGCGUCAGUUAAAAUUCGGCAAAAAGAGCAAGUUCAAUUUAUCAGAUGGAGAAGAAGAUGAGUUUGAUGCUCAAGAUCUUGGUUCCCUUCCAGAGAGAGAUGAUUUUGAGAAUGAAAUGCUGUCUGAUGAUGAUAAUGAAGAUGAUGAAAAACGGCCAGCCAUCUUAAAGCAACUUAAUGUUCAUGGUGUGCAGAGUUUGUCGGAAGGGGGUUUGAUGGAAGGAGAAGAAAAUAAGCACAAAUCCAAGAAGGAAAUAAUGGAGGAGGUUAUUUUGAAGAGCAAGUUUUUCAAGGCACAAAAAGCAAGAGAUAAAGAAGAAAAUGAACAGCUGAUGGAAGAAUUAGAUAAGGACUUCACAUCCCUAGUGCAGUCCAAGGUCUUAUUGUCCCUCACCGAGCCAGCCAAGAUGAAUGCCUUGAAAGCUCUUUUGAACAAGAGCAUUCCAGAUGAGCAUGUGAAAAAGGAAGAAAUACCCGCUACACAGAGAGCUGAAACUUCUAAGCAGGAACAACCUGAUUCUUAUGAUAAACUUGUCAAUGAGAUGGUUUUGGAUAUGCGUGCUCGGCCAUCAGACAGGACAAAGACAUCUGAGGAGAUUGCUCAAGAGGAGAGGGAGCGACUAGAGCGAUUAGAGGAAGAGCGUCAAAAGAGGAUGUUAUCAAUGGAUUACUCUAGUGAUGAAGAUGGUGAAAAUGCUGUGAAAGAUUCUGUGCAGAGGCCAAGGGCUAUCUCGGGAGAUGAUCUUGGUGACUCCUUUGCACUAGAUGAGGAGCCUGGUAGUAAAGGGGGUUGGGUUGAUGAGAUUCUUGGAAGAGAAGAUGCAGACAAUUUUGAGAAUGAAGAUGAGGAUGCUUCUGAAGAUUCAAGAGGUGCUGAAGAUACAGAUGAAGAUGAAGGAUCUGAAGAAGAUGAAAAUGAGUGUGAAAAGACUCUCUCUCUGAAGGACUGGGAGCAGAGUGACGAUGAUGAUGUUGCUACAGAUUUGGAUGAGGAUGAAGAUAAUGAAGAACAUAACGAGGCCAUUGGUGAUGAAAAUGUGGAGAAAAGAGGCCAUAACAAAUCAAACAAAAGUGAAAAUAGUAAGGAAGACGAGUCUGUGGAUGCAAAAAAAAUCAAGUCUGGUGUCAAACAUACUUCAACUAAAGCAGACAUUCCCUUUAUAAUUGAAGCUCCAAAGAGCUUAGAGGAACUGUCUUCUUUAUUGUUGAAUUGUUCUAAUAAUGACGUUGUUGUGAUCAUCAAUCGAAUUCGGGCGAGCAAUGCAAUUAAGCUUGCUGCUGAAAAUCGGAAGAAAAUGCAAGUUUUUUAUGGUGUUCUUUUGCAAUAUUUUGCUGUGUUAGCAAAUAAAAAGCCCUUGAAUUUUGAGUUAUCGAAUUUGCUUGUCAAGCCGCUACUGGAGAUGAGUAUGGAGAUUCCAUUUUUCUCUGCAAUAUGUGCUCGUGAACGAAUCUUACGAACUCGCAUACAAUUUUGUGAGGCUCUCAAGAACCAAGAAAGUGGAUGCUGGCCUACCUUGAAAACAUUGUUUCUCCUGAGGUUAUGGUCCAUGAUUUUUCCAUGCUCUGACUAUCGUCAUGUAGUCACAACUCCGGCACUAUUACUGAUGUGCGAGUAUUUGAUGCGUUGUCCCAUAACUUUGGGUCGAGAUGUCGUUAUUGGUUCAUUUUUAUGUUCCAUGAUUCUCAUGUUCACCAAGCAAUCUCGAAAGUUCUGUCCAGAAGCUAUAAUGUUCCUCCGAACUCUGUUGAUGGCAACUACAGACCAAAAGCUAGCAUCUGAGCAAGAUUCACAGUUUUAUCAUCUUAUGGAGCUGAAAACACUCAGGCCCCUGUUAUGCAUCCAUGAUGGUGUGGAUGAUAUUAAUCCUCUGAAUUUGCUCAUGGUAAUGGAAAUGUCUGAUGACUCUCCAUUUUUCAGCUCGGAUAGUUUCAGGGCUAGUGCACUGGUAACUGUUAUUGAAACUUUGCGAGGAUUUGUUGAGAUCUAUGACGGGUUGAGUUCCUUCCCUGAAAUAUUCUUGCCGAUUGCAACAUUGCUACAAGAAGUUUCACAGCAGAAACUCAUGCCAGAUGCAUUGAAAGAUAGAUUUAAUGAUGUUUCUCAACUCAUUAAGAAGAAAGCCGGGGAAACUCAAACGCUGCGUAGACCACUUCAGCUGCGCAAGCAGAAGCCAUUGCCUAUCAAAUUAGUUAAUCCAAAAUUUGAGGAGAACUUUGUUAAAGGUAGAGACUACGAUCCUGAUCGAGAACGAGCUGAGAGAAAAAAGUUACAAAAACUGAUAAAACGCGAAGCAAAAGGUGCAGCUCGAGAGUUGCGUAAGGAUAACCAUUUCUUAUACGAAGCAAAACAAAGAGCCAAGGAAUUACUGGAACAGGAAAGAGCAGCAAACUAUGGAAAGGCCAUAGCUUUUCUCCAAGACCAAGAACACGCCUUCAAAUCUGGACAAUUGGGUAAAGGUAGUAGGAAGAGAAAGAGAUGAAGCUAUAAGGAAAACUUGUGAAGCUAGUUUUCCCCGAAUUACGUCAUCAAAUUUAUAUAAACAUAAAAUUUUGGAAUUCUUGAGCAUUGUUUAGUGGAUUGACAUACAAGCAACAAGACCCGACAGUUUGUGUGAUUUUGAUAUUGACAUUUGUCCAAUUUUUGACAAGCUAAUAAUUUGUAUAACUUUUCCUA